ACUAACUGAUAUACAAAUGGUAGUUUUGUGGGUGAAGUAUUCCUUUAAGACACAACUUGGAAUUAUUUACAACAUAGUUUCCUUCUUGUAUUAUAAGCAGUUGUAAUGGGUGCAGUUUUUUGGGCGCUGGGUGAAGAGAAAGGUAAAGAAACAGGUAGAAGACAGGAAGCUGGAGAGCUGGGUGGGGCCAAUACUGCUGAGUGAGACUGAUCUCUGUUCAUUCUCUUGGCUGGCAGUCAGUACGUGUGCCCACUAUAGGAUCAUGGUCAGGAUGGCAGCAUGGGCAGAGCUGGGCAGCGUUUGCCAGUGUGCCAGGGACAGAGGGGCAAGCCUAUUGAGAAGCAGUGUGAUGGACACAAUGGGUGCGACAGACUUGCUGCAUCAACAGGCUUUUUGCUGCUGUGGCCAGAAAUAAACCAUAAAUACCCCCACUGGCCUCCACCGACCGCUCGCCAGGCCUCCACACCCACACACACCCUCACACUGAGACAGACAGAAAAGAGAGAAAAGAAAGGAAAGACGGAGAGCGUGGCUUGUACGUGGUGCAGUGAAGCACAGGCCAUCCAGAGGCAAAAUGACAGACCAGCAGGGAACCCCAGACCAGCUGCCUGCAGAGAAGGGCCAAGGAGGGGCUGGAGCCACAUAUAAGUUGGCCGUUUUUGAGUUUGAGAACUUCCGUGGAAAGAAGGUGGAGUUGUCUGGUGAAUGUAAAGAUGUGUUUGAGAAUAUGGAAAGAAUUGGCUCGGUCAUUGUGGAGUCGGGACCAUGGGUGGGGUUUGAGCGUCCAGGUUUUGCAGGUGAGCAGUUUGUGCUGGAGAAAGGACAGUAUCCUCGCUGGAGCACCUGGACCAACUGCCUGAGUAGCUACAACCUGAGCUCAUUCAGGCCUCUGAAAGUGGACAGCGCAGAUCACAAGCUGCACCUGUUUGAGAAUGCAGGCUUUGAAGGUAGAAAGAUGGAGAUUGUUGAUGAUGAUGUCCCCAGUCUAUGGGCUCAUGGUUUCCAGGACCGUGUGGCCAGUGCUAAGGCUAUCAGUGGAACGUGGGUGGCAUACAUGUUUCCAGGCUACAGAGGGCGCCAGUAUGUGUUUGAGCAGGGAGAUUUCAAGCACUGGAAUGAUUGGGGAGCCACUGCACCUCAGAUCCAGUCCGUCCGACGUGUGCGGGACAUGCAGUGGCACAAGAGAGGGUGCUAUAUUGCCCCUGCCCCUACACCUCCCAACCCCGACCCCAUCCCCACCCCAAAUCCCCCUCCCAACCCCAAUCCGACCCCAACUCCCAAUCCUAACCCUGCUCCAGCCCCCACAUCCCAGACUCAACCCCAACCUUAACACCAGCACCUCCUACACCAGCUGGGGCAGGCUACAGGCAGCUGCCCAGUCCCCAGUCUCUCCACUA